AUGCCACCGAAAAAAUCUAAACUGAAUAACGCGUGCACCAGAGAGGCACGACGCAAACGUGUUGAAAGAGCUCAGCAAUUACCAGAACAAAUCGAAACAAGAAAUGCAGCUCAAAGAAUCAGGACUGCAGAAAGUCGUGCACAAGAAUCUCAAGAACAGCGUGACGAACGUCUGCGACAGAAUAUUACGAGAAUAAGAGCGGCACGAGAACGAAACAUAGCUACAGUACGAGUACUAGAUCGACAAAGGCAACGGAUCAGCCGCUCAUUAACACGUGCAUCAUUCGUUCGGCUUGCCUUUGAAUAUGCACCAGAUAUUAACUACUCAGCGCAUUCAAAAAUUGCUAUCGGUGGAAUGGAUAAAGUAUGUCAAUAUUGUCAGGCAUUGAAAUUUCGGAAUGAAGCAGCCGGCAUGUGCUGCGCAUCAGGAAAAGUUGUGCUGUCACCUCUACCCGCUCCGCCGGAGCCUUUAUUAUCCCUUCUUACUGGCAAUUCAGAUGAUUCCAAAUUAUUUUUGCGCCAGGUGUACCAUAAAAUCGGAUCACUGAUGCCAAUGCCUGAUAACAAUCCGAAAUUUCUUCAAAUUUAUUUUAUGGGCGAUUGUGAAGAGCGCGUGACGACUCGGUGCCUGUAUAAUUUUAUUGAACAAGCAGAGGAAAGAGCAAUUGUGAUAUUAUUGGAAAAUUUUUUAGAAGAUCACAAUCAACUAAUUCAAUUGAUCAAAAGAGUUUCGCCACGACUGCAAAAUGACAAUUAUCAAAUCGUCAUUAAAGCCGACAAAGUACCAUUAGGUGAACAUGCUGGUAGAUUCAACGCUCCAACUGUUGAUGAGGUUGCUGUUAUCAUGGUUGGUGAUCCAGUUGACGAAAGAUCUAUAAAAAUUACACGGCGAGACAACACUGUCAGUACAAUUUCGGAUCUACACCGUUCAUAUGAUGCACUACAAUAUCCAUUAAUAUUUUGGCAAGGACAAGAUGAAUAUCACCUCAAUAUCAAACAGUAUGAUCCAAAUACCGAGUGGCAAAAGCGAGGUUUGCCUCAUGCCCACAUUUUGGUUUGGCUUAAAGAUAGAAUCCGUCCUGAAGAAAUCGAUCAAAUAAUUUCAGCCGAAAUUCCAGACCCAUUAAUUGAUCAAGAAUUAUUUGAUAUUGUCACCAAACACAUGAUCCAUGGGCCAUGCGGUGCUUUCAACAUGACGUCACCGUGCAUGGAAAAUGGAAAAUGUAAAAAAAACUUCCCAAAGCCGCAUACGAAUGACACGAUCACGGAUAUUGAUGGUUAUCCAAUGUAUCGCCGCAGAAGUACUGAGAAUGGUGGCCACACAUUUACAAUGCGACUGCCGAACUUUCCAAAUCAAGUUGAGUUUGAUAAUCAGUGGGUGGUACCAUACUCACCACUACUUUCAAAAACUUACAAAGCUCAUAUCAAUGUUGAGCUUUGCAGUUCUGUUAAAUCAAUUAAGUAUAUUUGUAAAUAUGUAAACAAAGGCAGUGAUUUGGCCAUAUUUGAAGUACAAAACAUAAAUAAAAAUGACGAAAUAGCACGAUACCAAAUGGGCAGAUACAUUAGCAGCAAUGAAGCUAUUUGGCAUAUUCUCAGCUUUCCCAUCCACGAAAGAGAUCCUGCUGUCCAACAUCUGGCAAUACAUCUUGAAAACGGUCAACGUGUAUACUUUACUGGAGAAAAUAUUCUCCAAAGAGCGUUCGAAGCUCCGAAAACGACUCUAACUGAAUUUUUUACAUUGUGUCAAAAACCUGAUGUUUUUGGCCAAUUCGCGAAGACAUUGGUGUAUGGUGAUGUUCCACGUUACUUCACAUGGAACAAAUCCAGUAAAAAAUGGGAGCCACGGAAACAAGGAAAACCACAUCCUUCCAUUACAGGCAUAUUCAAAGCUAAGACAUUGGGGAGACUUUACACGGUACAUCCAAAGCAACGUGAGUGCUUCUAUUUACGUUUGUUAUUGGUGAAUGUUCCCGGACCAACGUCUUUUGAAUUUUUACGAACAAUUAAUGGUCGAGUAUUCAAUACAUACCAGGAUGCAUGUCGUGAACUGCAAUUGCUAGAAGACGAUAACCAUUGGGACUUAACGCUUGCUGAUGCUGCGUUGACAUCAACACCGAAUAACAUUCGUCAGUUGUUUGCAAUUAUUUUGACGACAUGUUAUCCCUCGCAAGCACAAACUUUGUGGGAAAAAUAUAAAAAUUGUAUGACAGAAGACAUCUUGCACCGAAUUAGACAAACAAAUCAAUGCCAAAACAUAGAUUAUACACCAGAGAUGUACAAUGAAGCAUUGGUCUUGAUCGAGGAUUUAUGUGUUCUUAUUUCAAAUUUACCACUUAAUCAUUAUGGUAUGCCAUCACCUAAUCGUCCAGCCACCGACUUAGUCAAUACCGAUUUACAACGAGAAAAGCAAUAUGACCAUGGAAGUUUAGCAACAAUUAUCAUGAACAGUGAACCAUUACUGACAGCAGAACAAAAAAUUAUUUAUGAUCGGAUUAUGCUGGCUGUUGCUGCUGAACAAGGCGGUUUUUUUUUCUUGGAUGCACCCGGUGGAACCGGUAAGACAUUUUUAAUAUCGUUGAUUCUUGCCAAAAUACGGUCGCAACAAAAAAUCGCAUUAGCAGUAGCAUCGUCAGGCAUUGCGGCUACUUUACUGGAUGGUGGGCGAACAGCACAUUCAACAUUCAAGCUGCCAUUGGACGUUCAUAAUAAACCAGAUGCAAUGUGUAACAUCAAAAAGAAUAGUGGAAUAGCUGCAGUGUUGCGAAAGAGUUCUAUAAUAAUUUGGGAUGAGUGCACAAUGGCACACAAAUAUUCACUUGAAGCAUUAAACAGAACUAUGCAAGAUUUAAACAGCAAUAAUAGACUUUUCGGUGGUGUUAUCUUACUUUUGUCUGGUGACUUCCGGCAGACCUUACCGGUUAUACCUCGCUCAACUUUCGCGGAUGAGAUUAAUGCAUGUUUGAAACAAUCAUUCUUAUGGCGAAGUGUUGAAACACUUCGAUUGACCAUAAAUAUGCGAGUACAAUUGCAAAAUGAUCCAUCAGCACAAAUAUUUUCCGAACAACUACUAGAUAUUGGGAACGGUAAAAUAGAACUGCAACCAAAUACGCAAUGCAUUAAACUACCAGACAAUUUUUGCACUGUUGUUCAGGAUAAAAAUGAAUUGAUUCAGAGUAUUUUCCCGGAUAUACAGAAUAAUUAUUUGAAUCAUGAAUGGCUCAGUCAACGGGCGAUUUUGGCAGCCAAAAACGUUGAUGUUGACGAAAUUAACUUCCAGAUACAACAGUUGUUACCAGGCGAUCUGAUGUCUUUUAAAUCAAUCGAUACUGUUGUUGAUGAAAAUGAAAGUUUAGACGUAGCUAGUCAAAAUCAGACUCAUAGAAAUCAAGCUAAAAAUAAUUGA